AUGCCGAACCGUGCGUUUGGUGCUGGUUCAAUCAUCCCAACCAGCGCCGAUAUUCCGAGCCGUCUCACCUGCAGACCUGCCCAGCUUAAAGUCAUAGAAGAAGAUGAGUAUAGCACACAAACAUCACCCUCUCAAGAUCCACCUUUGUCACGCUCUCUUUCCAUUCCAAAAUUCUGGUUUGCAAGUAAUCUAGGCUCAUUCCAACUUAGUCGACAUGAACGUCAAGGCUGUCACCUUUCGAAAGACGUGUACGUGGUUCGCAAAUUCAAGAAAGGAGAGUAUUUGCCGGAUGAUUCAGAGCGGUCAGAUAGGCCACCGAAGCUGAAGAUCGACGAACUACGGGAUACUGUGAAGGCGGACAUGUAUGUCAUCCCCAGAGAGUCACAGUGA